AUGAAAAGCGUAAAGUGCAAAGUGGUGAAAGAUUUUUAUUAUCCUAACAUGACUUGCUACGCAAAGCCUUUCAAUCGAACAGCUUCCACGUUUACAGUUUACGUAAAAUUUAAAAAACCUUUGGAAGUUUAUUACGCAAAAUUCUUGUUGGAAUAUCGAUAUAGUAAUAUUUACAGAGAAAUCGGCAAAUCUCCUAAGUUUAAUGCGUGUUCCAUGGCGAACAACACAAAUCCGAUGAAUAUUUAA